CGUCAGUUCUAUUUAUUAUUUCGGUUAUUGCAGACACGCGGGCGGGUUUGUGUGAAUUCCGCGCACUUGAGAAGACCUGCACCACAUCCGCGAUCCGCGCACACAGAGAGCAGAUUUCUUCCGCCGAACACGUCGAAUGUGUGUCAUCGACCCAGCCGCAACUGCACGGGGGUCCCAAAAAAGCCUACCUAGGGGCGAUUUCAGCCUUUGAGUGAAGAAGCUUGCGAACGCCAGAAGUUACGGGAUACAGUUCGGGUCCGUUCAUUUUUCUUCUGUUCGCCGCCGCCGUCGGUUCUCGAGCCGUGUUGGUUCCGAUGGUUGUUCGGUUCCCGAUUUGUGCGAUUUAGUUUAGUCGGAGAUAUUUUACACGUUUGUUUGGAGUGCAGCAGUUGCUGGAAGAGUGCAGCAGUUCUUUUGAGUUGAAAAGUUCCAAUCCGGAUGUGCUUUUUGGGUGGCGGUGCGUUCUGAACGGAGUGAGUCAUCAUCAUCCAUCGCGUUCCGUGACAAAAUGCGUUUCGGAUUUUUUGCACCAGCUUUUGCGAGCAACCGACUUUUGGAUUUGAAGUUUGAUCGUUAAGAGGCCUCCAGGCUGCAGCGAGUCGAGUGCAGUGCAAGAGGGAGAGAGAGCGAAUUUCUUUGUUGUUUCCCGGUUCAUUUCGUGCGUUUUUUCGGUGUAUCGUUCCGUGUGCUUGUGGCCCCGUUUUUCCAUCUGUGUAAAAAAUAGUGCCUGAAAUCGAUACCAACACACGAAGCAGCAGGAGAGCGCCAGGCGACGCUUGGAACCGUCAAGUGGUGCUGAAGAAGCAAACAAAAGUAGUGUUGGUCAAGAGAGGGCGCUGGCACCUUGCCGCCUUCCAGGCGCAUCCAUGUCCAAGUUCCGCGUGUGAUCAAUUCCGUGUGAUUUUUGUUUCGUUUUACCACUCAGCUCGAUUGUCCACAAUCCUCAGAGAUCCCCAUCCGGUGUUAACAGCAAAAAUAGUAGAGUUAAAACGCGUGUGUGAGUGCUGCAACAGAGAGAAGUGCGCCAAGAUGACGACAGUGCCGCAGUGUCAUCAUUGCUGCUAGACGAGGCCCGCUUCGAUUCGAUCCAACGGCAACGACUUCCGUAAACACACGGGGCAGCCAUCGCGGAGCCGACCAAGCAAGCUGUGGAACCUGUGAUUAGUUGUAGUAGCCGCCGGUCUCGAACCCGCAGCCGGAGACAAAAGGAGGUGAAACCACCCGCCACGCAGCCAAAAACAAACAUCGUCUGUCGGGGACGGAAGUUUUAAAAAAUUCCCCCCCAGUGGGGGUUUGUCAACGUCACGCGAAACUACUUCCAAUCAAGGCCACCGCUAGGAAGAAAUCCUUUCCCCCCAGAAGCCCCCACGAAGACCACCAAUGGAUGAGGAACUCGAAAGCAAACUAUGAGUAGUCGAGGGCCUUCGAGGCCCCAACCAGAAAGCGCAACUGUCCAAGCAACAGCCCGCAAGAUGGCAGCAACAGCAGCAGCAGUAGGUUUAAGCAAGAGUUCGACCAACAAGAGUGGAAGUAGAUCGACGGCAAACAGAGUGGCAAAGGGGACGGCCAUGAUGAGGAGCGGGACGGCCAGCGGAAGAAGAAGAAGAACAAGAAACGGAUGCGGCAACGGUAGAGGGAUCAUGAAGUCUUCGUUUCGGGCUGUGUCGUCGGGUUUUACGGGCAACUUUCAGUGUCUACUGGUGGCGGUCGUUUUGGCGACGAUUGCUGUCGGGAGUGGAGGUGUUUGGGCCGAGGAAGCGGAACCGUUCGAGCCUCCUCCGGCCCGUAGUGUCCUGUACGGUGACAAGUGUGACCCUUCUGAAGAGUGUAGCUUUACCGGAGGUAUAUGUGAUCCGGAAGAGCACGUGUGUCGCUGCGAACCCGAUCUACCGGCUACCAACCGCGUCGACAAGUGUGGGAAAGCGGUGUCACUCAACGAGGAAUGCCUUUUCCACGAACAAUGCGAAAUGACGCACAGCCGCCUGGGAUGCAAAGAGGGGCGCUGUCACUGUCUGUACGAGUGGGAACCGAUUCUCAUGACGAACGGCUCGGUGGAAUGUAUCGAUCCUGCCGGCCGGGGCACGCUAAUGUUUGGUGAUAAAUGCGAAAGCACCACUGACUGUGGCUUUGCCGGGUCCGUUUGCGAUUCCGGCACGCGCACAUGCCAGUGUACUUCCGAUUUACCAGCAACGAACCACCUCGACAAGUGCGGCAAAAAGGCCCAGGUGAACGAGAGCUGCUUCUUCACCGAGCAAUGCGAGCAGAUGACCGAACAAACGGAAUGUCGCGACGGACGCUGCAUCUGCCGGUUCGAGAUGAAUCCCAUCUUCAAGCCGGACGGAACGGUUGAGUGUCGAGCCACCAUGAACAAGCCCAUCGAGCCGGAAAAGUACAUCGAUCCGGCCAUGAUCGGCGUGCUGGUGGCGAUGGCCGUCAUGUUCAUCAUCAUCUGCGUCGUCCUGCGGCUGUUUAGCAAGGCCCGCUGGCGUGAGAACCGGACCAUCUUCAACACCCCGAACCCCCGGCUGAUGAACGUGUCGCUCCUGCGGGACAACAAGCUGCUGCACGGCCAGGAACGGCGCGGUUCCCGCAUGUCCGUAAGGCUGCCCUCGCGCCAACCGAGCAUGGCUUCGCUCCGUCCGCAUUCGCCGAAUGCGUCGAUAGGUAAGCUAGGUUCCCGCCGGGGCUCACGUGGAAGCAGCAACGCAUCGGCCACCUCGACCCGCUCCAACCGUUCACAGCACGCCAAGGACAACGGUACGGCUCACCAUCAUCAGAACGAAAGUGUCACCGUCGAGAUCUCCGAGGUUCGAUCCUAAGAAGCGAUCCACGGGCUUCAAUAUCCGCAUCGGACUGCUGCAUCACUUCUACAUACACACAGUUAAUAUGACGGACGGCCAUUGUCAGGGACCAUUUAAUCGAAAACUAGACACAAAUACGCAGAAGAUUCUAUAUAUUGCUGAAAAUGAGAAUACGGGAAAUGAGUUUCAUAAUAAAUAAUAUGGAUUUUUAGACGAAAAACUACUUCUAGGCAAGACCUCCUCCAGUGACGGAUGGAGGCAUACUAAAGUGAUCUUUUCCAUAGAUUAAAACCACUACACAAGAACUAUAAAACAAGACCGUUGCUUACUCAAACUCGUAAACCGGAAGGAACAACCGCAAAAGCAAUUAUAUCUGAUCGUAGAAAUUAUGAGACAAACAGUAGAAUACCGCUAGUAAUACUUCUUCUGUAAAAGAGCCGUGAACACUUUCCAACUGAUAAAUAGAAAGGCAUCUUCCAAAAGCCACGCAAAGCUUUGUCGUCAUUCAAAGGAAAGCUUUCCCUUACGGUAAAUGAUAAAAUAAAAUGAAAUACGAAACAAUAGGUAGGGUAAAAGCAUUUAUUUUCGAUUCACAAAUGAAGAUAUGGACUUACGUUGAGGACUGAAAUACAAAAACUGAAAACAACUGGAUCGAAAAUCAGUGUUCUUGCCGAAGUAGGCGCCUACGGACGCAAAGAAUCAUCGUCAUAUCCCGUAGCAACGCGCGCAAAAGUGUUUUCACACACAGACAUCAAUUCCAGUUCAGUGUGAACGAAGGAGUGUGGUAGUACUAGAACGAAGUAGUAGAGCUGAAUCGUAGAGCAUUAUUAUGACGAGUAGUAGAAGCAUAUGGAAACCAUGAAUUAUAAUCAGUUCUAUAUUUUUUUAGUAGCUGUCAGUUUACCAGAGAGAGUCAAUAAUCCGUAGCGUCAUCUUUAAAGUGGGAAAUAUUAGAUCUUCAGAUAAAUAUCAUAGCAUUUUCAUAAUCGAUACGAUCGUAGGAACAACUAUACCGGUAGACGUUUAUUUCUUCAAACGCCGUAGAGAUCGACUCCAUGAUCAUCAGUGCUGGUUUUGUAUGGUUUGUGUAGCAAAAUGGCGAAUUCUAUUUAAACGCGCAUAAUUAAAUGACAAUCUAAAUGUGACGGAUCGUAGCCGGAUGAGAGAUGGAACAAACACAAAGAAAAUUUGUUCGAUUUUGACGUGGUAAAUGUGACAGUAACAGCAGUAGCAUGCUUUGACUUCUGAUCACUAGUUUGAAUUAAAAUUUCUGAAUAACAUAGUAACCAUUAAACGAAGAUACGAGUGACAGAUGUAGUUGGGCUACAGUAGGCAGUAUUGGCAAAUGCCGUUCAGAGAUUUAAUUAAGACAGAAAUAAGUAGCACCAAGAUUUUACUUCAAUUCAUGAACAAUUGAGCGAUACCAAUGUGGGAGAUGACAAAGAUAUUAAUCUAGAAAAUUGAGAAAAAAAAUAAACUAACCAAAUAUGACUGCUUUACACCCUAGUGUCAGAAUCAAAAUAAAUAAAGAAAACGCGUAGAGUUGAUCUUAAGAAAAAUAUAAGCACAACAGUUUUACGAUUCAACACCUCUAGAGUAGUAAUUUUGAUGAAGAAAACCAAUGUAUGAAGAACGUUUUUAUUUGCGGCUAUCUUUAACUGGGCUUUUAUUUACAUUAACGAAUAAACGUAAAAUCAAUACAAAAAUAUUUACUCUAAUGGCAGUGAGGAGCGCAUGUGAUAUUAAGUCGAAAAAAAAUAAUUCUACUGCUAAACUUACACAAAAAAAUCACCAAGGAAACCAUCCACAAUAAAAAAAAAACGAAUGAACGUCAAACUGACUCACCGUAACCAAAGCGCCAUCUCUGGAAUGUUUCUGUAAAAAUAGGGGAAGAUUUUUGGAGAAAUAUUUCGUACUUUGCUAGCUUCGGAAGCCGUGGUCUUGUCUCAGCAGACGUCGCACUCACUCACACUGUUUAUAAUUCGCGCACAUUGCAACUUUCACCCCUUAUAUAUGAAUAGGUCUAAAACAAACAAGGGAAAGUUAAUCUUAAAACAACAAACACUUACCGAUGUAAGAAUGAGCCAAGCACAAGCGUUGUCAGAAUGCUUUGCGAUGUUGCAUUCCCCUAACCCAGCUUCAGUUUAAAUCCGUUACACGCAAUAUGUUAUUGUGAAUGAGAUUUUUUGCCCGUGUCACUUAACAGUAAUCGACCAAAAGAAAAGAAAAUGCUUUAAUCGAAAUACCUUAAUGCUAGAAGGAGAAUUUAAACAUAUAAUCUAUCCAAAUAAAAACAAGCUUGGAACAAUUUGAAAACAGAGUAGAUUUGCGAACAUAAGGGCGAAGAACUGUGACAUUUGUGACGGUGAAUUCCUCGAACAAUGACUAACCAUGAAACGACUUGUUCGCCAUCUUUUGUAUCGCCAUUUAGAUGUUGACAAACCCCCUUUUUGAAUCAUAAUAAAUUCUUCCUUUUCAGAACAGCUCUUAUUUCUAACAACCUAGAAGCAACUAGAGGUAAUAAUGGGAUAAAUUUAUAACCAAUGAAAAAAAACUUAACAAAUAGACAUAGAUGUAGCAAAAAUAGCGCGAAUCGCGUUUACAGUCAGAGUAAAAAGAAUAGCUUCAGAUAUCGAGACAUGCAAUAAAAGAAAACUUAAAAAAUCAGAUACCGAAAGAACGGAAACCCGAGUUGAAAACGUUUGAAUUUUGAAAUUUGGGGAAGAAUUUCAAAAUUAACACGUUUUGCUCAUAUGCAAAUUUCAGUGAGAAAAUAGAGUGAUAGCGUUGAGUAGAAAUGAUAAUUAAGAAACAAUUCAACCAUAUAACCAUAUUGAUUUGAUCGACACUCACAAACACAUCCACAUGAUGAAACUCAGUCUCACACGCUCACCAAAACACAUUCACGUUAAUAAAAAUUUAAAAGUAUUGAAUAGAGUUUAGAAAAAUAGCAUAAUAGGCGAUAGAAUGGUAGUAGGCGAAACAAAAACUUAAUAAAAAAAAAUCAAAACCAAACCAAAAACACACGAAAAACGAAUGUGAAUGCGAAAAGCUCUUAUUUACUAGCUACUAUAACUAGCGCUACCAGAAACAAUCGCGCUAGCAAACUAUUUUCUACGAUUAUUACACCACAAACGUGAAUUUAAGAAUCUUAAGACUAUUCUUGUUCUCUUAUUCUAUUUAUCAAGAUGAAAAAAAACCGAAAAAACAUUAAAAAAAUAAACACACUGAAACAAAAGCUAUUCUCUUCUCUCGAGGUUUAUUUUCUAUAGAUAACACAGUGGACCGCAGUCACACGUACACGACAAACACCUUAACACUAAACACACACAAA